UGUCUCUUUCUAAUGAGCUCAGUGUGGAUUUUUAUACCACAGCAACAUCAGUUUUCACUCUGAAGCUGAAAUUAUCAGCUUUUCUAUGAAUUGGUAAGAAUGCAGUUGUAACUGAGUGUGUGAAUAAGACAUUUUAAAAUGAGAUAUCUCUUAGAUUUUUAGACUUUUACAGAGAACAAAGUACCAGCUGUUAAAGCAAUGAUUUACUAGCUUUCAUAGAUGAACCUUCACACCGAUGGUUCGAGCCAUCAGAAUGACUUUUAUUUUCUACUGGUGACUGCUCCCUGUGACCCUCACGUCUUAAAGUCAUGGCACUUUUAGAAUUUUUACUCCAGUCCUUGAAUUUGGGCUCCCUGCUGGGGGCUCUGGCAGUCCUUCUGGCCAUCUAUUUGAUCUCUUCCUCCAUCUUCAGCUCCCAAAAGGAGCCUCCAGGACCCAGACCACUUCCCCUGCUUGGGAACCUGCUGCAGAUUGACCUGAAGAAACCCUACAAAACGUUACUGGAGCUUUCCAAGAAAUACGGCUCGGUCUUCACCGUUUACUUCGGACCUAAAAAGGUGGUGGUCCUGGCAGGAUUCAAGACGGUGAAGGAGGCGCUUGUCAACCAUGACGAGGAGUUCGGAGGCAGAUACAUGCUUCCAAUUCUGCGUGAAUUUAACAAAGGGCAUGGGGUUUUGUGGUCCAACGGCGACUCGUGGAGAGAAAUGCGACGCUUUGCUUUGACUAACCUGAGAGACUUUGGGAUGGGCAAGAAGGCUUGUGAGGACAAAAUCAUUGAUGAAUGUCAGCAUCUGAUUGAUGUUUUUAAACAAUUCAAAGGAGAAGGUUUCGAUUCAAUGCAGCCUCUGAACUAUGCCGUCUCUAACAUUAUCUGCUCCAUGGUAUAUGGCAGCAGAUUUGAAUAUAAUGAUCCUGAGUUCACAUCGAUGGUGGAUCGAACUAAUUAUAGCAUCCAGCUCACUGGUGCUCCCUCCAUUCAGAUUUACAACCUGUUCCCGUGGCUCGGCAAGUGGCUUGCAAAACAAAAGGAGUUCCUCGCCCUGGCUGCUGCCAACAGGAAGCAGAACUUUACCUUCUUCCAACACCUGAAAGAAACUCUCAACCCACAGAUGUGCAGAGGUUUUGUGGACGCCUUUCUUGUGCGCAAGCAAAAACUGGAGGAGUCUGGGAUUACUAACAGUCAUUUCCAUGAUGCAAACCUUUUAAUGACAGUCACAAACCUGUUCAAUGCUGGCACUGAGACCACAUCAACCACUCUGAGAUGGGGUCUGCUGCUGAUGGCCAAGUACCCAAAGAUACAAGACCAGGUCCAGGAGGAGAUCAGAAGGGUCAUAGGAGAUCGUCAGGUGCAGGUUGCAGACAGGAAGAGCCUUCCCUUCACCAACGCUGUCAUCCAUGAGACCCAGAGACUGGCCAACAUCGUCCCCAUGUCACUCCCUCACAAAACCACCAAAGACAUCUGGUUUCAUGGUUACUUCAUUAAGAAGGGAACAACGGUGUAUCCUCUCCUCACAUCUGUCCUGUAUGAUCCCAGAGAGUGGGAGAAACCACACACCUUUUAUCCUGCUCACUUCCUGAACAAAGAUGGAGACUUCGUCAUGCGAGAUGCCUUCAUACCAUUUUCUGCAGGUCGCCGGAUUUGUCUAGGAGAAAGUCUGGCAAAGAUGGAGCUCUUCAUCUUCUUCACCACACUCCUCCAGCACUUCCGGUUCACUCCUCCUCCUGGAGUUUCAGAGGAUGAAUUAGAUCUGACUCCACGUGGGGGCAUCACUCUCAGCCCUUUACCCCAUAAACUAUGUGCUGUGUCCUGCAUGUGAAGAAAAGGUGGUGCUGUAGAAAUCUUCAUGGCCCUGUGUGAUGAAUGCAGCUCCGUUAAAUAUAAUUGUUUAAUAAAAAUAAUAAACAAGUAUGAGUUUAUUAUUUAAGUAUUUCUAAAGCCUAAUCUCUAACAUGUUUAUUUCAGGACACCUUCUGCAAUAAACCUGCUCCAGAUGACAGAUCUGCUAAAUGCCUGUUAAUAGUUAAUAUAAACUAAUAUGAUCACAAAUAAAAAUACUUCAACUA